UUACCAUCACACAAGCCUCUCUUUUAUGUCCCUGUUUUACGUCGUCAAUUACUCUGCAAAAAGAAUGGCGAGCUCAAGUGUGGGAAUGGCUUGUCUUUUGUUGGUCUCAUGUAUGGUGGUGCCGAGCUUGGCCAAAGUUUACACUGUUGGUGACGCCUCUGGCUGGACAACUGGGGUAGAUUAUAGCACAUGGACUAGUGGUAAGACCUUCAAAGUUGGUGAUAGCCUUGUUUUCAAUUACCCAACUAGCCAUACAGUGGAUGAAGUGAGUUCAAGUGACUACAGUACUUGCACGGUGGGCAAUGCCAUCACAACAGAUAACAGUGGAGCCACCACCGUUGCUCUCAAGAAGGCCGGGACUCAUUACUUCAUUUGUGGUGUGGUGGGCCAUUGUGGGAAUGGCAUGAAGCUUGCUGUUAAAGUGGAGUCAGGCUCGGCACCGGCACCGGCACCAUCCAAGUCCAAGUCCAAGUCGUCGGCUAAGUCACCGUCUUCUUCCACCGCUUCCUCGCCGCCUUCCAGCGAUAAACCAUCAACCACCACACCAUCUACCACAACAGCAACAACCAAAGCCGCGGAUUCUUCAUCAUGGAGUCUCUCCCCAUUUGUGGCUGUUGUCACAGCGUGGGUUGCAUUGUUUCUUAUGGUGAUUUCAUAAUUGAGCUUGUGGGCGAAGAGUGAUGGCCUUGGUCAGGAUAGAGGCAGUGCUGCUGAUCUCAUUUCGCUUCUACUUAAAGAAAAUCCAUUUUUAUCUUUGUUUGCAUCGAGGAUCAUUGCUUAUGUUCAUGAAUGAGGUGGUUGAGCUUUCUUGAGUUAGAUGCGUUUAUCAUAUGUAACUAAGUUAUGGUUCAUUGUUGUAUCGUGUUGAUUGAUUGGAAUUUUUCAAU